AUGAUUUUAAAUGUGCUUAUUGCAUUUUCGAAAGAAACACGUGAUUUUCAUAGAACAUUUUUUAGCGAGGAUAUUAGUGAGUAUCCAAGUGAACCGCUGCAGAUUGACCUCAUAGAAUCCAGGGGUCUUGAUGGAGAAAAGAAAAAGCAAUUGAUCGCUAGUAUACAAGACAAAGCAUGUGAACUUUCCUCUUGUUUGAUGCUUUUAGCACUUUACGAG